UCUGGCCUGCACAGCCGUGGUGAUCGGUUUGCUGAGGAAAUGGCACGUGGACCCCAUGGGGAUCUCUAGCCACAAGCACAUUUCAGACAUGUAUGGUGCUUGAAAAUCUCAUCAAAAUUAUUCAUCACGUUAUCUGCAGCUAGUUGCAACAACAUUGCAUGCAGAGCACUCAUGGCCUUGUCUCCUGCCCACCGCUCUUGCUGAUAGCUACACACAACCUUCACGCAUAUGCACUGCCCUGAGCCCUCUCUCCCUGUUACUUCUACUAUAAAUCCAUGCCUUGCUCAACACAAAACUCUUCAUCCCAUCUGCAAGCAACAUCACGAUCUACAAUACAUCUUCAGACUUUCAGAGCCAGAGUGAAAUUUAGCCAACAAGGAACACAUCAGACUCAACCAUGAUCCAUCCAAAGAAGCUUGCUCAGCUGGCCAAGAAGGGCCGGCAGAUGUUGUUGUCCACCGCCGGUGCCCGCCGCCGGCAGGCAUCGGACAUGAAUGACGACGAAUGCUGCAGCACAACGUCAUCUGUGGUUGCCGAUGAGGGCCACUGCGUGGUGUACACCGCCGACGGAGCACGGUUCGAGGUCCCUCUGGUGUACCUCGGGACGAUGGUCUUCGCUGAGCUCCUGAGGAUGUCCGAAGAGGAGUUUGGCUUCACUAGCGGCAGGGACGGAGGCAGGAUCACGCUGCCCUGCGACGCCACAGUGAUGGAUUACGUCUUGUGCCUGGUCAGGAGAGAGGCCUCCGAGGAGGUUGAGAGGGCGUUCUUGAGCUCAAUUGCGGGGCACUGCCGCAGCUACAGUGCUAGCUACAUGGCGCCAUCAAUGAAAUCCAGCCAUCAAUUUGCUCUUUGUACUUAGCUACUAGCUUAGAAACUGAAUUUUGGUUAGGACCAAGAGGAGCUCUGUAGCGUCUGAUGUAAAGAUUUGGUUAUCA